AUGGGCAGCUUGAUCAACGCCAAGAACAAUGUGCCAGAGCACCAACGCUUCUACCAGCAGGCUUACAAGGCCCACACUCGUCUCUGGAUGAUUAACGCCCGUAGCCGAUGGUACAUGACUCCCUAUCUCAUUGUCCUCUGGGGCACUUUUGGAGCUACUUUGUACGCUGCCGGUCGAAAGGUCACCGGCCACAACACCUGGUUCGGCAAGGAUUAA